AGUAGCGGCGAUUAGGGUGAUAAACGGACCCUGUAGCGUUCCCGGUUACACUUCAAGUGAGUGAAAAUCGUGCUCGGUACGGGAAUGGACUUAGCAGAAACUAUGAAAAACAUAGUUGCCAAAGGUAUGCAAACCGAAAUGGGACCACCAGGCGGAGGUUCUGGUUAUCCUGGUACACCUAGUAGUGCUGGCUAUGUUACGGAGAAGAUGUACAUGUUAUUACAAGCAUAUCUUCAAAAUAAAGGUUGGAAUCCAAGCAUCGAACUUCUACAAUGUUUUUCUGAAUUCAAGGAUGCAUCUAUGAUCCCAAGUGGUGCUUAUUUGCAGAUGAUGGCAUCAAGAAUAGCUUUGGACUCUCAGGGAAGGUUAGUCCUUAGAGAAAAUGGAAAGAUAAUAUUGCCCUAUGAACAUUUUGCAAAUGCUGUGAUGUUAAAGCACAUGAAUGGUCCACAUGGUUUACAUUUGGGCUUAGAAGGUACAGUUAGAGCUGUUAUGGAAUCGUACACUAUUGGGCGAGAAUGUUUUGGUAUGGAAAAAGAAUUUAUAAUAGAGGUGGUACAAAAUUGUCCAAAUCCUGCGUGUCGUUAUUACAAAAAUCAAUUGGAAUUAACUCAAAAAAUGGGACACAUGCCACCAACAUAUAUUCAAGAUAAUGAAACAACUGCUUCUCUUUUGCGUAGUAGUUUUCCUCAUAAUACAGAUUUUCAAGCAACAUUAAGUGGUGCUAACCCAAAUACUCAUAUGGGAGGAGGAUCUACUACAGAUUUGUCUGAAAUUAGAGGCCCCGGGAACCAAAUGAAUCUACAACGUCCUCCAAGCCGUCCGUCAUUAAAUAUUCCACAUCGGCCUGUAUCACAAGAGAAGAAAGUAACCACUGGGAAGCAACACUAUGAAUCUUUAGUACCUACUAUUCCAAUGACUGAUCACAAAUUAACAGAUUUUUUGAGAACAAAUUUGGAUAACUUGGACAAUCUCAGUGGACUUGGUUUAGGUAAUCUACAAGGAAUGGGAGGAGCAAAUAAGGAUUUAUUAGCUUUACAUAAUGGAGCUUGGCCAUUGGAAAAUGACAAAGGAUCUCGAUCAGCUACAAAUUCAGAAGGUGGACAGGAGAAAAUAGUAAGGGCGUUUGCAGAAGUUAUGAAAAAUAUGGCUAGAAUGAAGGCUUGCGUACGUCCUGCAAUGUGCAAACCUUACGGAAAGCAAUCGGAAGCUUUGCAGAAAACACUGGUUGAUACUAUACAGCUGGUGCAGUCAUUACGAAGUUUUCUGCCACCUCCACAAAUUCCUGUUUCAAGCUGGAAAAGUGAAGAUAAGCAUCGAUUAGAUCAUACGGGCACACCUUAUCUCUCCUCAUUAAAGGCUGGAGGUUUAGAAGAGUUAUGCGAACAACGCAAGCUAGACUAA